AUGCCCACCCCCAACACGGCCGCACCGCAGGCCAAAGGCUUCCGCCGGGCCGUGUCCGAGCUGGACGCCAAGCAGGCCGAGGCCAUCAUGGUAAGAGGUGAGUCUCCCCGGUUCAUCGGGCGGCGGCAGAGCCUCAUUGAGGACGCACGCAAGGAACGGGAGGCGGCGGCGGCGGCCUCUUUGGAGCCCGGGGACCCCCUGGAGGCCAUAGCCUUCCAGGAGAAGGAUGGCCAGGCUGUGCUGAACCUGCUCUUCUCCCUGCGCGGCACCAAGUCCGCGCCCCUGUCACGUGUCAUGAAGGUGUUUGAGACUUUUGAAGCCAAAAUCCACCACCUGGAGACACGGCCAGCCGCUAGGCCUAGGAGCGGGGGCCCCCACCUGGAGUACUUCGUCCGCUGCGAGGUGCCCAGCGCCGACCGGGCCACCCUGCUCAGCUCCGUGCGCCGGGUGUCCGAGGACCUGCGAGGUGCCAAGGAGGACAAGGUCCCCUGGUUCCCGAGGAAAGUCUCCGAACUGGACCAGUGCCACCACCUGGUCACCAAGUUUGACCCAGACCUGGACUUGGACCACCCGGGCUUCUCGGACCAGGCAUACAGGCAGCGCAGGAAGCUAAUCGCGGAGAUAGCCUUCCAGUACCAGCAUGGUGAGCCGAUUCCCCGCGUGGAGUACACAGCCGAGGAGAUUGCCACCUGGAAGGAGGUCUACACGACCCUGAAGGGGCUCUAUGCCACCCACGCCUGCCGUGAGCACCUGGAGGCCUUCGAGUUACUGGAGCGCUUCAGUGGCUACCGGGAAGACAACAUCCCCCAGCUGGAGGAUGUGUCCCGCUUCCUGAAGGAGCGGACGGGAUUCCAGCUGCGGCCCGUGGCUGGCCUGCUGUCCGCCCGCGACUUCCUGGCCAGCCUGGCCUUCCGUGUGUUCCAGUGUACCCAGUACAUCCGCCACGCGUCCUCGCCCAUGCACUCCCCCGAGCCGGACUGCUGCCAUGAGCUGCUGGGCCACGUGCCCAUGCUGGCCGACAGGACAUUCGCACAGUUCUCCCAGGACAUCGGCCUGGCAUCCCUGGGGGCGUCGGAUGAGGAAAUUGAGAAGCUAUCCACGCUAUACUGGUUCACGGUGGAGUUCGGUCUGUGUAAGCAAAAUGGCGAGGUGAAGGCCUACGGCGCCGGGCUGCUCUCCUCCUACGGGGAGCUCCUGCACUCCCUGUCUGACGAGCCUGAGGUCCGGGCCUUUGACCCAGAAGCGGCGGCCGUGCAGCCCUACCAGGACCAGACCUACCAGUCCGUCUACUUUGUGUCUGAGAGCUUCAGUGACGCCAAGGACAAGCUGAGGAGCUAUGCUGCACGCAUCCAGCGCCCGUUCUCCGUGAGGUUUGACCCAUACACGCUGGCCAUCGAGGUGCUGGACAGCCCCCGCUCCAUCCGGCGCUCACUGGAGGCCGUCCAGGAUGACCUGCAGGCCCUCGGCCACGCACUGAGCGUCAUCGGCUAG